AUGUAUGCUGCCAGAGAAGCAUUUGUCAAGGCUGAACGGUCUGAGAGAAUAAGGAGAGCAUUGCGUAAGAAUACCAGAAAUACUGAUGAGGUAUAUAAGUCUGGUAACAAAGUAUAUUAUAAAAGACCGGAUGAAACAAAAUGGAAGGGGCCUGGUGUUGUUAUUGGAGUAGAAGGGCCAGUUGUGUUUGUGAGACAUGGUGGGUCUCUAGUGAGAGUUCACAGAUGCAGGCUACAAAAAGUGUGUAGUGAUGAUAAAGUAGUUUCUAGUGGUAAUACUGAAGCUGUGAGUUCACCUAGACCUUCAGUUGAUGAAGUUGAAAACACUUCAAAUGAUUCUUGCAAGUUGAAUAGUGACACAUCUGCAGAGACAGGGUCUGAGACAGAUAAAAGUGAGGGAUGCAGAAAGUCAUCUAGAGUAGUUAAAAAACCUGAUUAGUUAAAUGAUUAUGUUGAAGAUGUUGAUGAAGUCAUGCUUGUAAGUGAUAUUGAUGUGAACAAAGCAAAAAUGAGAGAAUUAGAAAGUUGGGGAGAGAAUGAGGUCUAUCACGAGGUGCCUCACCCAAAGUACUAA